AUGGCUGCUUCACCUAAUCGAAAAGAAGGUCAGUCUUCAACUAGACCACCUCGUUUAAACGGACACUUCUAUAGUUGGUGGAAAGUAAAAAUCCAUGAUUUUCUUAUGGCUGAAGAUAGUGAGCUAUGGGACAUUGUCUUAAAUGGACCAUUUAUUCCGAUGAUUGAAGAGAAAGAUGGAGAAAAAACUAGGCUUGUUCCAAAGCCUAGACAAAAAUAUGAUGAAGCGGAUAGGAAGAAUAUCGAAAAAGGUUACAAGGUAAAGACACUUCUUGUCUGUGGGAUAGGGCCAGAUGAGUUCAAUCGUGUCUCAGCGUGUGAGUCUGCAAAAGAGAUCUGGGAUUGCUUAAAAAUAACUCAUGAGGGAACUGAACAAUCUCUUGCUGCAUGGGGAGACUCUUCAAGUGACUCAGAAGAUCCUGAUGAACCAAAUGAUGUGUCAAUGGUGGUGGUUCAUGAAGAGGAAACCAUAUUCAAUGAGAUGUUUGCUUUCAUGGCUUAUUUAGAAAAUGAAGAAGAGGAGGACAAGAGAACAUUAGCAAAGGUUAUGAUUGAUUCAGUAAUUGAGUUAACCUAUGAAAGAGACAUUAUGAAUGCUGAGCUUGACAGUUUAACUGAAAACAAAGAUAAAAUAGAAGAAAAAAUGUUGAAAAUGGAAGAUAAAAUGGCUUCUCUGGAAUCUGACAAGACUGAACUUAAAAACCAGUUGUAUCAGAUAAAUGAAGAAGCUGAAAAACAAAAUGGAAGGUCAAAUGGUUUACAAGUUGCAAUUAAAGAAAAACUAAAAACCUCUAAGACAUAUCACGGGUUGGCUUUGGAGAAGAGCAACAACUUAGAAAAGGAUAUUGUCAAACUUAAGGAAGAACUUGAAAAAUAUCUUAAGUGGACAAAAUCUUCUAAGUUGUUGUCUAGUGUAACAAAUCAGAGUAAUUUCAGUAAGAAGGGUCUAGGAAGUUUUAAUAUCACUCCUCCCUUUAAUCCUCACAGCAAGUAUGUCUUUGUGUCUGACAAUUUGCUUUGUCUUCACUGUGGUAAAAAUGGGCAUUUAAAAGAAGAGUGUAUUGCCUGGAGAAAGUCUCAUGAAAGACUUUCUAAGUAUACAGAGAAGCAAAGAGUGAGUGAGAGGAGCAGCAGUCAAUGUUGGUAUAUGGACAGCGGAUGCUCUAUUUUGGUGAUUCUUUUGAGUGUAUCUCAAAUUUCUGACAAAGGAAAUGAAGUGAAGUUUACUUCUGAAAAGUGCACUGUGGCUAAUCUAACCACAAAGAAAGUGAUUCUUAUUGCCUUUAGAAGUAAAAACAUGUAUGUGGCUAACUUAGAAACGUCUAAUGGAGAUGAUCUGACAUGUCUUAGUGCUCAAAAUGAAAAUGUUGAUUUGUGGCCUCGAAGACUAGGGCAUGUGAGCUCAUCUUUAUUGAUGAAUAAACUGAUUUCUAAGGACAUGGUCCUAGGUUUGCCAAAGUUAAAGUUUUGUGAAAACAAAAUCUAUGAAGCGUGUGUCAAAGAAAAACAAAUCAGUUCAUCCUUCAAGUCAAAGAAACAAGUAACAUCAUCAAGAGUACUGGAGCUGUUACACAUGGAUUUAUGUGGACCUUUGAAAGUUCAAUGUAGAAAUGGAAAGAUAUACAUUAUGGUGAUAGAUGAUGAUUACUCAAGAUUUGAUCAUGGAACUGAGUUUGAAAACUCAAAACUUGAUCAAUUCUUCAUGGAGAAUGGUAUUAGUCAUAAUUUUUCUGCUCCAAGAACUCCACAACAAAAUGGAGUAGUGGAAAGAAAAAACAGAACCUUGGUAAACAUUGCUAGGACCAUGAUUAUUGAGUCAAAUCUUCCUCAAGGUUUCCGGGCUGAAGCUGUCAACACAGCAUGUCAUGUUACUAACAGGUGUCUGAUAAGGUCUUUAUUGAAUAAGACUCCCUAUGAGUUGCUCAACCACAGAAAACCUAUGUUGAGUUAUCUUAGGGCUUUUGGUUGCAAGUGUUUUGUGCUGAACAAUGGAAAAGAUGAUCUGGGAAAAUUUGAUCCUAGAAAUGAUGAAGGAGUUUUGAAAAGUGAUGCAUCAAAUGAUGAAGAUGAGUUGAUUAAGAGGUUUAAUUCACAGAAAAUUGAAGGAAGUGAAGCUGGUGCAAAUGAUCAGUUGAGGAAUGACAAUGAUAAUGAAAAUCAUAGUCUAUCUGAAAAGACUGAUGAAGGUGAAAAGUGUGAUGAGGGACCUAGUACUACUCAGAACUCCAGUCAGAAUAUCUCAAACUCUCCAGAAAUGAUGAGCUCCUUGAAGAAAAAGAACAUGCUUAUCAGCUGA